AUGUCGGACUUUCUAGCAGCUCAAGAAGCUGGUGAACCUUUGGGAUUUUCAGAAAUGCAAGAUCGGCUUCUAGCAGCUGUCGUGGCGACCGUCAAAACCUCCUCUGGUCUAGCUGCUGAAGAUGUGGACUUCCAUAGAGCGUCUAAUUCCGAGUUUGGGCCCUCCCUGGAUGACUGCAAUGAGCGAAUACUUGCAAUCACGAAUAGACUGCUGGCUAGCGCGACGUGUGGGUCUGGUAUCUCGGUGCCGGGGUUGAAGGAAGUGGAUGACGUCGAAAACCACUGGACGAAGAUUGUGGAGGUCAUUGAUGAUCUGUUGGAGAAAGCGGACACCUGCCUGGACGAAUAUACUGGCGCUAUUAAAGAGAGAAAUCCGGUGCCAUUUCCGGGCGCUCGAGCGGCUGGGAUGGUACCCAAACCGAGCCGCCCUUCGAGGAAGUCAAUACAAAGAAGUGCAAACAUUCCAAAACCACAAUUACUAUUCAAUGAGAAAAUCGACAAUUUCGAUUCUGCACCGUGGAAACCACGUUUAACUUCUAAGCCUCAUGCUGUGACGCCGCUGGGUGAAAGCAUUUAUUUGUUCAAAAAUGAACUGGGAAUCAAUGAGUAUGCGCAUCCGUAUCAGGCGGAAAUUGAGUCUAUGGAGUAUCCCAAAGAAGUCUACAGUUGGAUGGAGCCAAUCCCCUCCAGGGAUUGGGAUGAGAUUCCUCCAACCUGGGUAGACACCCCGAGGGCACUUCAGGAGAUGAUAAAAGACAUGCGGAGAUGCACCGAGAUCGCUGUAGACUUGGAACAUCACGAUACUCGUACUUAUAUUGGUCUGACAUGUUUGAUGCAGUUGAGUACCCGAGAUGAUGAUUACAUUGUGGAUACAUUAAAGCUCCGUGGACAACUUGAGCCGCUGAAUGAAAUCUUCACUAAUCCCAGGGUUAUCAAGGUUCUACACGGCGCUUUUAUGGAUAUAAUUUGGUUACAGCGUGAUCUUGGGCUUUACAUAGUCGGUUUAUUUGAUACCUUCUAUGCCGCGCAGGCGUUGGAAUUUGCUCGCUUUGGUCUUGCUCACAUUCUGAAGAAGUAUGUCAAUUUUGAUGCUGAUAAGCAGUACCAGAUGGCGGAUUGGAGGUUGAGACCACUUCCCAAAGAGAUGCUGGAUUACGCUCGCUCAGAUACCCAUUACCUACUUUAUUGCUUCGACUGCAUGCGAAAUUCUCUUGUAGAGAAAUCACGGGGUGAUGUUGAGCAUGUCUUGCAAAAAUCGAAGGAGACCGCACUCCGACGCUAUAUCCGAGACACAUACGAUGCGGCAACCGGGGAAGGGACUUUUGGAUGGGCAUCACAAAUUAUCAAGUUCAAGUUCAAUCGCACACAAGAGUUUGUAUUUAAGGCGGUUCAUGCUUGGCGCGAUCAGGCAGCUAGAGAAGAGGAUGAAAGCCCAACAUUUGUUUGCUCACGGAGCACUCUGGGAGCUCUUUCUACUGCGAUGCCGACUGAUUAUGAUGGAGUCGCCAAGUGCAUUCAUGACACCAAUCACCUUGCCAAGAGUAGAAUUGGUGAAAUCGUGGAAGCGAUUAAAGGGGCACUAGAACAGGCAGGUCAGGCUGAUGAAGCGGCAACAGAAGCAGUGGCAGCGACAGCAACGGCGACGCCGGGCGCUAGCAAAGCGACUGUGAACAUUUUCGGAGAUACUGUCGUUGCCGAAGCCAGGUCCGCAACUUCCUCCAUGUUCUGGGGCAAUGUGUGCGGAAGUAGCAAGUGGGACGAGGCCGCAACACUGAAGUCGGCGCUGGGAGAGGAAAUUAGACUCGCUAUUCCUCUCCCGGAGCUGACAGCUGCAGUCUUUGUCUCGGAGACACCCUUUGCAUCGUCCGCCGGCGCCCGGGAAGUGCCAAUUGAUCCCGGAGCACGUGCGGAGCACCAAUACGUGAAGGGUCGGGGUGGUACGAAGAGGGAGAAUGAGAUUAUCGUUGUCAAAUCUCUUGGUGGUGGCGCUAGUGGGAGAAAGAGAAAGGCUUCAGAAGUGGAGCAGUAUGACGAUAACAACGACGCAAUAUCGGACGAUCACAACGCCCACUCACCAAAUUAUUCUUCACAUGGGGGGAAUAGCCGGGGAGGGUCAGAGGGGGAGGAAGAAGGGGACGAGAGCGAGGGACCGCUAGGGGUCAAUGCUCCAACCCUGCUAGGCGGGCCAAUGGGCGCAAACAACGCGGUGGGUGAGCGCAAGUCCAGGAAGCAGUCCAAAAACUCGCCCGGGCAGGGGCAGCAGGAAUCUAACGCACCGGUGAGAGGGACCUCCCUUGUCGACGUUCGCGAAAGCUCCUUCGAACCAUUGGAUUACUCGAAAGCUCCUUCCGUUCUGCAUGGCGAGAAGCGCAGCCAGGGCAAGGCAGGUGCAGAUGGUAGCAAAAAGCUUUCUGGAACCAAGAGAUUCGAUCCAUAUUCCAAAUUCGGAGAGGGUCCAAAGGGUGUGCGCAGGAGCCAGCAGGAGAAGGCAGGGAAAUCGCUGACUUUCAAGAGCUAGAUCGUGGACGGGUAUUUUUUUUUCCUCCUUCCUUUUUUGUUGUAAUAUCAGGCUGUACUUUAGUGUGGGGGUAGGUGCAAGUACUACUACAAGUAGUACUCGAGUACAAUAGCCCUUAGAGUGGGGGGGGAUGGGGGUUGUUGAAGGGAAUUAAGGAAGACAGAAGCGGUUAGAUUCUAGGGUUAACGGACUGGCUUUUUUCUUUCACUCAUAGCAGUUAUUUCUUUCGCCGUCGCCGAAUGGCCGAAUGUACUAUCAUAGCAUAACGCAUCAUCAUGAACGGGGAGCAAAAAAAACCAGGGAUAAAUAACCUUCAAGUUACCACCAAUACGAAGCGAAAAUCAAGUUGGGGUUUUUUCUUUCUUCCCCUAUCUAUUUUCCAUUUAUUUUUUAUCGUCCAUGGGCCUUUGGGGGGCGGUAUGGUAUUGGUUGGGAUUUAUUAUCAUAGUUGGAUUGGCUUAUUAUAAUGCUUGUGAUUCCUCUUCAAGACGAAAAGGAAUUAUCUCCUAAGUUAA